AUGAUCCGGCUUUCUAUGCAGAUUCUCAGUGCGGGAAUGAUCACACUUUUCAGAGGCACCUCCAUAUCCGUUCCGGUGGCAUUAUACCUCGUGCGGUUUAAGGUUAUUAGUGCCGAGUUCCUCAUGGCCCGCAUCGACUUGCGAACUGCAUCUAUCUUCGGCAUGAACUUAUGGAAGACGGCGGUCUGGGAGCAGUUCGCUUUGACCGUGGACCACGUCCAGCUGCUGAAGCGAAGUGCCCAGCGGAAGGUGAAGUUCUUGGUGCAUCACUUCCAGCAUGGAGAAGUUGCCAAGCGGAAUUCUCCAUUUCAAGGCAAAACUCCGGGAGGCCGGGAGGCAUCCAUCAAGACAAAUGCAAUGAAGGAGCUCACCCUGCUGCUCCAGCCGGUGAUCGUUCGGCUGGACCUGGUGUGGUUCUGGGUCAAGGUGGGCCAACAGCUCUUCGAGUGGGCAACAGUGGACAGCGGGUCGGCGAAUGCAGGCAGCUCUGCAGAAGACCGUGAGAUCGUGGCCAAGCAGGUCUUUCUCCUUCGCGAAGGAGGCAUUGAGGUGCCGUCCAGCUCAACCACUCGCCAUCCCGUCUACUUCGAGUACUUCCGCUUAGGAGCACUGAUUGCUCAAGUUGAGAUCUUGAUGCCCAUGAAGAGCAAGCUCUUGAAGAAGCGACAGGCCAGUUCCGGUGUUGCCUCGUCCAUGUUCGAGGACGAGGACGACGAGCAGGAUGCGCAGAUGCUUCAGUGUUCUGGCAACUACUGGGCAUUGGCAGUUGUCCGCAUCGGGGUCAAUGUGGCUGUCCCAGAUUCUGGCACGUCUGACCCACCGAUCACACGGACUGUCUUCCAACGGACGCUGGAAGAUUUGAUGCCUUUCCUGUACAGCUUGAUCCGGGAUUACGUGAAGACUGGCAUGUAUCAGUUCUGGAAGGUCUUAUUCAGCAUCAACCUGCUGGGCGAUCCGGUUGGUUUGACGACCUCGGUCACAGGCGGAGUCAUGAAGUUCUUCCGAAAAACGGGCAGCGAGGUCAUCGCCGGGGAUCUCAAGGGGGAGGGGCUCCUUAGUCUGGCGCAAGGAGUGGUUGGUGGCACUGCAGCAACUGCCGGUAAGUUCUUCGGAGCCCUCGGCGACACUGUAGAUGCAUUGGCGCAGACCGGUGGAGACCGCGAUCGCCACUACCAGCCCGGCUCCGUGAACCAUGUUGGUGACGGUCUGACAGCUGGGGCGCAGGUCUUCCUGCAUGGUGCCACUUCGGGCAUCGCCGGCCUCGUGCAGGCUCCGGUCCAAGGCUUCCAGCGGAAAGGAGUUGUUGGGCUGGCCACUGGAAUGCUGAAGGGCGCUGCAGGGCUGAAAGCGGAUUCGGACGACUUGGGAACACUAGGUCGCAGAGAUAUGGAAGCGGGUUGUGUGGAGAAGGCUAAGUACGGUCAUGGAUGGAUUGAGUAUUUGAGGCAGAGGGCGUUGAUGCGACCACGUGCCUUCAUCUUUCAUGCUGGCCAGCGUGCUAAUCUAUGCAACUUCCGGGUGGAUGCCAUUGCACCAAUGUCAGGAAUUUCCAUGAGACUUACACCCAACAGCUACAAGUACCUUCAGGUUCUCGCCGCGGAUAACUGCCGCCUAGCUGCAUCUUCCCUUGACAUGGAGCGGUUCAUUGGAGGGGGGCUAUUGGAUCAGGUCUUCUUGGAGGCGUUGGAGUUCCCAACUGUCGAGAGCCCCGUGGCAGACACCAGCUUCGGGUCUGCGGUUUCGGGCUUUUACGGUACAUCAGCGGUGAUGAGCCGAAGGCUGCGUGGCGCUACCUAUCGAGUCGAGCUCUCGGCACAAGGCAGUGGAGGCCGCUGGUCGAAGGCUUCCAAGCUCGGGCGCCUCACGCGCGACGGCUCGGUUGCCUUCAACGAGGUGAAGUGGGUGCCAACGCAGACUUUGGUCGAGGCUGUCUUGGCCCAGGUCGCGAAGCUGCUACGAGACCCGGAGGCACGGGGAAGCUCCGAGCUGCUCGUGAUCAGGGCUAACCUCCUGGGAUUCGGUGAACUGAAGGAGUUGGCGGCGCUCGAUGGCGUCACUUGUCGCAUCCGGCCCAGUCAGCCCUUGCGCGUCGGCCAGGCUCUCAGGCCUGCCUGGGACCCAGAUCGCGUGCCAACGACGCAGCGCUGGGUGGUGCCAAAGGGCAUCGUGACCCGACAGGAGGACACCAGGCUGCCGCCACCCGAGCGGCGAGAGGGACCUCUUGAGAAGCGGUCGAAAGGUGCGUUUCAUCACUGGUCUCGGAAGUGGGUCGUCUUGGAGAACCACGAGUUCAUGUAUUGGAACGACCGGAGGGACUUUGAACAAGGUCGUCGCCCGAAGGUCCGCUACUCCCUCGCAGCUGCUGACUGUCAGUAUCGAUUUGCAGCCGGCGAGACGCCCGAGGCAUGCUUCGUUCAAGUGCGCUCUGACGGCUUGCUGGAGGCACAGUGGCGUCCUGCGCAAGGCAGUGACGAGACGGCCGGAAGCUGGCUGCAAGCGGUUCUUCGCCACACAAUCCAGGACAAGUGA